UCCAAGAGAGGAGAGGGAGAGAGAGAGAGAGAGAGAGAGAGAUAGAGGCGCCGUGUUACAUUGCAAAGUCUUUGCAAAGAUGGGGGAUGACAGACCUUUUGUGUGCAGUGCUCCCGGCUGUGGGCAGAGGUUUACUAAUGAGGACCACCUGGCUGUCCACAAGCAUAAGCAUGAAAUGAGGCUCAGAUUUGGACCCCCCAGGACCGACUCUGUCAUCAUUGCAGACCAGACGCCGACUCCCACUCGUUUCCUGAAAAACUGUGAAGAAGUGGGCCUGUUCAAUGAGCUGGACAACUCGUUUGAGCCAGAGUUCCCUAAGGCCCAGGAAGAUGAGGGCAAGAGGGCCAAGAACCCGUUGCCUGCUCCUAAUUCAGGAGCACUAGAUAUGAGUUUACAGACACCCUCAGAUGUUAAGGUGAAGGAAGAGGACCCUGUUGAGGUGGAUUCAUCUCCACCUGACAGUCCAGACUCUAUCUCAAGCAUGUCAGAUAGCAACAGAGAAUCCGCUGGCAGAGAAAAGGAUUCUCCCCCAAAACCGGCCAUCAGUUCGGCUCCUACCCCUGCCAUAGUACGUCCUGGUUCCCUCCCCCUGCACCUGGGUUAUGACGGUCUACAUCCCACCAUGCCCUCCCCUACUUCCGUCAUCACACAUACCCCACCAUCCAACCGCACUCUGGUGUCUCCCACUGGGCCGUACCCAAUGAUGAUGCUUCCAAAUGGUCAUACGGUUCCUGUGCUUCCAGGUCCUGUACAGAUGCCCUCAGUAAUAUCUUUGGCAAGACCCCUGUGUAUGGUGCCCAACAUUCCAGGAAUCCCCGGCCCUCCACUAGGAGCCAGUAGCAGUGGAUCAUCCUCACCCUCUGGUUAUAACCCCCACCAUGAGGCCAAGAUGAGGUUGAAGGCAGCGUUAUCUCAGCAGAUGCCUGCAGCUCAGGGUUGUCUUGGUGUGGCGAUGGGUUCUAGUGCGAUGGUGCCUCAGAGGGCGGAGCAAAGCCAGCUGCUGGUCCAGCAUCCGGAUGCCCCAUCCCCAGCCCAGCCACAGGUGUCCCCCGCUCAGCCCACUGGGGGUCGCAGGCGGAGGACGACAGAUGAUGACCCUGAUGAGAGGAGGCAACGCUUCCUUGAGCGGAACCGGGCAGCUGCUUCUCGCUGCAGACAGAAGCGCAAGGUGUGGGUCAACUCUCUGGAAAAGAAGGCAGAGGAGCUCUCCUCCAUGAAUAUCUCACUGUCGAAUGAGGUGUCUCAUUUACGAAACGAAGUUGCUCAUCUAAAGCAGCUGCUGUUAGCCCAUAAAGACUGUCCCGUCACCACGCUGCAGAAGAAAGCCGCCUAUAUGGGAGAGGAGCACAUGAAAGAGAUGUCUGAGCCCACGGGCUCCCCAGCGCCUGUCAUUCAGCACAGCUCUCUGGCCCAAAGUCCUUCAUCUGCAGUUGGCCCCAAUGGUUUAAGCUCCCGCGUGGCAGCCGAAGCCAUGGCCAUGUCGGUGCUGGCAGGAAUGGGCAGCCAGCGAGGGGAUAGCGGCGGGCCAUCACAUAUCAUCGUAUCCACACAGUCGCACCCUUCCAACAGAUGAUGAGAACAUCUAACAGUCUGCCUGGGACUCUCCGCACUCUCCCGGCAGAGGGGCAGAUCUACAGGGGGAGAGCGUGAUGAACGCACCCUCUUCCUCCUCUUCAGUCUUGUUCUCUCUCAAGCCAUCAUACUCUGGCCUGGAGCUCAGCUGUAUUCUGGGAAAGAACAGGGACUAGAUACACACAUAGAGAGAGACAGGAGAUUGUUGUUCAUUAUGCCAUAGACUACGGGGGCUGGACUCCAUACCACGCUCUCCUUUGCAUCCUGCUCCUUCCUUAAACUUCCUCUCCUCACUCGAUGUUGUCCCUGACCUCCACUGGCUGUAGGACUGCAAAGCACUUCCUGUCAUUAAACAUACCCAAUAGACUUCUGCACAUACACGCGCUGCAAUAAAGACAUCUUCUGAAAUGUGAUUGUAAAAGGGAUAGUUUAUUCAUAAAUACGAAACAUCUGUCAUCAUUUACUCACCCUCAUGUUGGUUCAAAUACAUAUGGAACACAAAAGGAGAUGUUAGGAAGAAUAUUAGCCUCAGUCACCAUUCACCUUCAUUGUAUGGAAAACAUAUCCAUAAUAUAACAGUGACUGAAGCUAACAUUCUGAAGAAACAUUCUAUUUCAUAUUUGAGUGAACUAUCCCUUUAAGUGAGAGAAUGCAACACAGAACACUUGGUGCACAUGUGCAAUAUUGCACAUUAAUUCACAUCCAUGCUGUGUCUCGAGGUUGCAAAAAUGCAAUAUUUUAUAUAUCUUCUUAUAUAUAUAUAUAUAUAUAUGUGUAUUUGUAUGUGUGUGUAUUUGAGAGAGAGAAAAAUUAUGCUUUAAAGUUCUAUUUGCUCUUUACAUUGAUUCCUUUCUAUUUUAGAGCCUUUUUUUGUUUUCAGGUUGCCAUCCCCUCAUCUGUUACUCUCUGAGCUCUUACCUCAUUUUUAACCUGUUAUAUACAGUAUGUUUAUAAUCGACAUGUGCAUGCGUGCUUCUCGCAUAAGUGUACAGUAAUGUACGAUAAAAUAUUGCAGUUUGUGAAGGACUAAUACACUAAGACUGCCUUGUUAGCAUGCAAACUAUUGCUAUAUGUAAUCUAUUGUAUUGGCACAUUGAGUUCAGUUUGGGUAUAGAACUUGAUAGUUGUUGUUUGUUCGGUCAUUUCUUUGUUUUCUUGUAACUUCGUACGACAAGCUCAGAAACCACAAAUCGCAAACUGACAAAGGUCAUGAUUGAUCAGUGUACCAAGCAUCCACGGCCAAGAAAUGCCAUUUCUUUCCCCUAUGAAGUGAUCACAAUGCUUAGUUUAAAAUUAGUUUGAGUAAAGCUAGGCCAUAAGUAAUUAUUGAGGCUUCUGAAGUAAUCUUGGUAUUUUUUUUGCCCUAUCAUUUUCUAUUUUUAGUCAUUUUCUUGCUGCAAUAAUUCAUGAGAUUAAACCCUGCUGCUGUGUUUUCCGCUCAGUUUAUAGAAAAAACAGCCUAGUGUCUCUGUGUCCAUGUGUACCCUUCUGUUCAGCCACUUUUAAUAUCACCUGACUGUUAAAGUUCAUAUCAGGAUUCACUGUAACACUAUUUGUUUAUCUGGUUGUUUGUCCAUAUAUACACACUCACAAAGAAAUUAAGCCGUGAUAAAGAUUGAAAAAAAGACAAGGAUUCAGCCUUACAAAUCACAUGAGUGCCUCCAAUGCUUUCUAGGUGACCCUCACUGUGGAUUACAUGCCCAUGUGAUUGAAUCAACUGGUCAUUUGCCAUAUUCAGGCAUAAAUCAGGAAAUUGGAAACAUGUAUAUCUGUAGCAUCAGGCCUGGGGGAUUAAUUAAAAAUGCCAUAAAUACUUUAUUAGUAUGCAGUGAAAGAACACUGAUUUUAAAGGGAUAGUUCACCCAAAAAUGUAAUCACUUUCAUGCCAUCUCAGAUGUGUAUGACUUUCUUUCUUCUGCAGAACACAAACAAAGAUUUUUUAAAGAAGAGUAUCUCAGCUCUGUAGGUCCAUACAAUGCAUGUGAAUGGUGGCCAGACCUUUCAAGCUCCAAAAAACACAUAAAGGCAGAAUAAAAGUAAUCCAUAUGACACAUGAUUUAAUCCAUGUCUUUAGAAGCAAUGCAAACAUUUCAAUCCUUUUUACUAUAAAUGUCCACUUUCAGAAAGUGAAAGUGGAGAUUUAGUUAAAAAAGGACUUACAUAUUGAUGUCCUUCUCACCCACACCUAUUAUAUAGUUUCUGAAGACAUAGAUUUAACCACUUAAGUUGUUUGGAUUACUUUUAUGCCGCCUUUAUGUGAUUUUUAGAUUUUGAAAAUGAUUGUCACCAUACACUUACAUUGUAUGAGUUCAGAUAUUUUGCAAAAAAUCUAUGUUUUUAUUCAGCAGAAGAUAGAAAUUCAUUAACAUCUGGGAUGAUAUGAGGGUGAGUAAAUUAUGGGAGAAUUUUUUUGGGUGAACUAUCCCUUUAAAUGUAAUCAUAUUCUAUACUGCCCCAAAGACAUAAUUAGGUGUUAUUACAUCUAAACAGAAAGGCUGCAGGGAACAAAGUGUCCAUUUCUACUUUUGUUUAAAUUAUUAACUGUACUAAGAUGUAUGUCCCAACACAUGGUCUUUUUACACAUUAUCAGACACUUUUACAAUUUAGGCACAAUUUAAACAAGGGACUAAGAUUUACUUGUAUUGCUCAAUAUAUGUAACUUGAAUUUUCUUUUGUCAUUUAUGUUAUUUGUAGUGUGUAAUUCUGCGUCAAUACAAAGGCCUGCAAAAUGCACUAAAAAUAUAAAGUAAGUAAAGUCUUGGAAUUAAUUUUUCUGUUUGGGAUCUCAAAGGUUGUCACAUUCUCUUUCAAGCGAUGUCUAAGCAUCAAAACCCAAUAGUUACCACUUGACUGAUGUCUCACAAAUGACUCCUAGUUUCAGUGUUGACCCUGGCUUUUUUGUGUUGUAUUAUGUCAGCCAUAUAAAAUGAUUGUUGAUCUGAAAUUAGCAGAAAAUAGACCUUUUUAGCUUUCACUGGCACUUUUUUUUCUAGAUUUUUUUCUUCAUUGUAUGCUGCCAGGACUAUACAAAUACCUAUUUUAAUUAAAUGCUUCUUUACAUUUUUUUUGUCGUUAUAUAGAAAGGUAGAAAUUUAUUUGUAGACUUUAAUUUUUCUUCUUCUAACACUUUGUAUACAAAUAUAUGUAGUUAUAUGUAUUUUUAAAGAAUAAUAAGAAUGUCCUAAGAUGAUCCCUGUCUGCCCCUCUCACUGAUAAUCACUUUGAAGUUGUACCAGAAAUCAUCAUUUUGAUGGACUUAAUGAUCCAUAAUUCCAACUUAAUACACAAUUAAUUUAUUAUGGAAUUAGUUCACGCAAGUCAAAUUGAAUGCAGUGUCCCUGGGAUAGUUAGAAUGAAAAACAUUAAAGUACUUUUAGAAUAGGAUGAUCUUAUAGGCUAAAGAAAAAGAGAUUUUAAAAGAAGUUGUUUUAAGUGAAUGUAUUUUAAUGGGAAAUAUCCUCACUCCAAGUUGGACUGUUUUGGAAUUGUCCUUGUAAUAUACAUAUGUGUACCAUAUAUAUUUACUAUUUUUCAUGCAUGUUGAAGUGAAAUUCUCUGAACACAGUGCUGCAGUUUUGAUUAAAGAAAAAAAAAAUGUUUCUGAUCUCAUUUAGGUACAAUGAAAGAUUAUCCAUAUUUAAAAUGUUUAAAAAUUAAUUAAA